AGUUUUCGCGUCAGAUCUGUGCCAACUACUGCACCUCACUCACACCCUUCUACCCCUCCAACCUCACUGCGUUACUUCUUCUUUCCUCCCCCUUGUUAAGGGUUGGACUCAUCGCGGUAGCGGAUGAGCCAAUGUAGCGAUGUCGCGGCUUGAGGUGGUCCUCACCGAGAGAUCUCCCACAUGGCAGCUGGCCAGCGGCAUCGAGGACGGCACGCUGUCGGCAGAGGCGGCGCUAGACUUGAUGGACAAGCACACCAUUGAUCCGCAUGUGGAGCUUGUUCGAGUCAGUGACGGUGACGAUGAGCCCCGUAAGGCUAUGGGACCGCUGCUUCACGCUGCCGCACACCGAUAUCAGGUGCCGCGAGUCGGGCGAAAUUCUAUGGUUGGUCGCCAAUUGGUUGCCGCUGCUCUCUGGUCUUGUUCAGGGCCAGGCUGGUGCGGCUGUGCUCGAUCGGCUGAUUCAUCUUGGGGCGGACGUCAACCGUGUAUUCGAAGGCAAGACGGUCCUCGAGGUUGUGCUGCUCGCUGUCCGGGAGGGACCCGACAUUCUCGAUAUUCAUUCGAGACCGGUUCCGCCUCAUUUCCUCCUUCAUUCGAGUGUGAGCCCAUUGCCGUCGGCUCUCGAGAGCGCCCUGCCCCUCAUCGUGGUGCUGCUGCGCCAUGGAGCCACCAUGGUGCAGGGGAUGGGCGCUCUGCGGAUGAUCAUCUACUACAUCAAUGUGAUGGGCAACUUCUCCCCAGAUGGCGCCUUCAGUGCCAAGACUUUGCUGCACGCGGUGACGCAGCUCAUCGAUGCGGCACAGCAGGCGCCACCUCCUGCCAGCCCGCGACCCAGCCUGAUGGGCGAGAAGCUGCUUAGCCGCGCCUGUGCGCUCAUCCUGGACGACCCUGCUGACCAUCUCACGAUCCUCGACAAGCUGCUGGAGAUAGCAGAUGACGGCCUCGGCGAGGGGGACGGCGCUAGGGCGUGGAGUGUGGCGUGUGGCACGGCGCCCCACGCCACACAUGUGAUGCACUUCCUCCUCGACAAGGGCUUUCGGCCACCUGCCAUCGACCGAGAGGCUCUGUUUGACGUGGAUGUGCUGUCACGGGUGGCAGGGGAGGCAGGGGCGGACGUGGAUGUGAGCGGUCGGCAGGGCGACACGUCACCACCUAUUCUGUAUGCUGCGUUCGAGCAGCGCUACUCUGCCGUGCACUGCCUGAUCCGCCAUGGUGCGUCGAUCGACCUGGCCCUCGCGGACGACCUAUGCGCUGAUCUGUAUCGCCACCGCAUCCUCUCUGUUUACCACUCAUUCAUCAACCGCUCUGUGCCAGAGUUGGUCAUGCAGUGCGUCAAUGAGGCUCUCUCUCCCUUGCGCGCCAUGUCGUGUGUCUCACGCACACACAGGGUGUUCAGUCAGAGCGUAGCUGGCUAUGUUGGCUCGUUUCUGGUGCAUGUCCCCCCCCUGCCCUUUUCCCCCCGCACCACACUGGGCCGCAACCUGAAUGCUGCUCUGCGUUUCUUCCUGCUGCGUGCCCGUGAUGCAGCCAGCCGUGCAGACAGACAGCAGCUGUUCGCGCACACGUGUUUUCCGAUGCCCCCCAGCACACACCCGGGAGGGGGGGAGGGCGAGGGAGAGGGAGAGGGAGAAGGGGGCGGACAGGCAGGUAGUAGGGAGGCGGCCUUUGGGCUGCGUGACGUCGUGCACAUGUUGCGGUGUGCCGAGGCUGUGCGUUAUGGCAUCAGUGAGCCAGUGGUGCGGGGGUAUGGCAACGACAGCGAGACCACCACUGUGUGCACGUUCGCCGGUUAUGUGUGUCUGCGGGGUGCUGAUGGGCAGCCUGGUGUGCAGAGGGUGGAGGGAUGGGAAUGAAGGAAUAUGAAUAGGCUGGCCGGGCCGAUGUGUGUAGACUGACAAUUGUCUGUCGAGACAUUUGUCCUUGUAUGGUAUGCG